UUGACCUGCUGCGUCGAUUAACGCGGUCGCUUGUGAAAUUGGCGAACAAAUAAUUGCGACCUGAAAUAAAAUAGCAAAAGAUGAGCACCUGGAAUCCCGAGAACGAUGUGGACCUCUUGUCCGGUUCCGAGGAUGAGGAGGAAGUGGCCAUGAAGCGGGACUACCAUGGGCGAGAGGCCCUUCUUUUCGUGGUGGACGCAAAUCUGCAGACAGCCGGCGUGGAUCGCCUGAUGGAUGCACUGAACAUCAUUCGCACAGCCUUUAUUUCUGGGAUCCUGGUGAACGACAAGGACCUCAUUGGACUAGUCUUUGCCAACACAAAGCACAGUCCGCUGCCGCUGGAGGCCAACGCCUUGGACAACAUCGUGAUGCCCGAGGAUUGCGCUGUGUUCCUGCCUCUAAGACAGCUAACCAAACCCAUUGUGGAGCACUAUCUGGAGUUCAUGGGCGGGGUGGAGACACAGUUCGCCAAUGUGUACGGCCUAGUUGAGCCCGAUGGCCACGGAAGGUUUGACCUUAUGAUCCGGCUUUGCAUCGAAAUGCUGGAGAAGUGCGGCAAGAAGCUGAACAAUGCCAAGAUCGUUUACUUGACCGAUGUGAGCACGCCGCAUCCGUCGUCCAGUAACCACUAGGCAGCCCUGCAAAAGGCCAGCGAUUUGGAGGGGAAGGAAUUCGAGUUUCAUGUUAUUCCCAUGGUAGAUGACUUUGACUACGAGCCCUUCUACAAAGAGUUCAUCACUCUCUCAAGGGCCAUUGAAAUGGACUCCUUCCAAGUACCGGAUGCCCAAAUGUUGCGAGAGAUCCUAGCAGAUCGCAAGCUCAAGCAGGACUUCCUUCGCCGCUGCCUGGGCCACUUCAGCUUCUACCUGGGACCCAACCUCUCCAUGUCCGUACAGUACUAUAACUACUUUCAGCGACGCGCCUAUCCGCGCAAAGUGCAAAUCCUGCGCAGGGACAACAGCUUGGUGAGCACCAAGCGGGUGAUCACGGUGCAAAAGAAGGACGAGGAGUCGGAGGAAGUCCUUCACGAGUACCAAAUCAAGUCGACGGGCGGUUGGUACAGUUGCAACGUGGGCGGGAAGAACUUGCGCAUUAGCACAGAGCAGAUAAAUCGGGUGCGCAACCUGCACAAGCCUCAAAUGAUGCUGCUGGGUUUCAAGCACCGCUCCUCUCUGCCGGAGGUGAUUUACAGCAAGCCCUCAAAUUUCAUGUAUCCCGACGAUCAGAGUAUCAUCGGAUCAAAGCGUCUGUUCCGGGCUCUGUGGGAGCGCUGCUUAGCGCGGGAAAAGAUAGCCAUCUGCCUGUUUAUGAGCAGGCGCAAGUCCAUCCCUCGCUAUGUGGCACUGGUGCCAGUGGAGGCACCGGAUAAAGCGGACGAGAAGAACUACCGCUCGCUGCUCUGCGGCGAUGGAUUUAAGAUCGUUUACUUGCCGGAGGCCAAGCACAUCCACAUAGAUAUGUAUGAUUGGAACGAUACUGGGAAUUCGGCUUCCGAUGAGGGCGUCGAGUUUUUCCAAAAGAUCAUCAAGAAGCUGCGUGUUGACUACCAGCCCAAUCUGAUCAACGACCCAAGUCUGGACGCCCUGCAGGCGAAUCUUUUGGCGCUUUCCUUGGACUUUACGACGGACAACAGUAGCUUUGAUAAUCUGCUGGACACCACGCAACAAGACAAGCGCAUCGAAAAGAUCGUGCCCGAAUACGAGAAUAUCUUCGAUCCAGAGAGGAGCGGCAAGAAACGAGCAGCUAAAUCCACCGCAGACGGUGCAAGCGCCCCGAAAAUGCCAAAGGUAGACGAAGAGCAGCUUAAGAACUUGGACUUUGUAAAGGUCUAAUCAAGGAUAAGAGCUGCAAACUGCACAGCAGCCCAACUUCAGUUUAUUUUGCGGUUCCAUUUCGAUAUUUCGAUGCCCAAGUCGGCAACAAAGGCAAAAUUGGUGGAACGAAUCGAAGCUUCAAGUGAGUCCGCCGCAUAAUGUUAUAUUUGUUGGUAAAUACUGUAUAUAAUCCUAAAAUUUCUUAUUUGUAAGAUUGUUUUGUUUAGUCGUUUAAGUUUGCGACCUAUGCAAUCUGUAUUAAGUAUAUUCAAGUUACCG